CCUCGUUUAAUAACACUUGUCACUGCCAGCAACCAUUUAAAUGCGUCUGAACGUCAAUGAUUUGGGCUAGGCUAGUUAUUGGUCAUUCGAAAUAAAGCCCUCCUCCAAGUCAGGGGCCCCGGCCACGUUGAAGUCAAUGUAAGCUCGCUAACUUUUUGCUGUCUAUCAAGCAGAGACAGCUUUUCAUUGGCGCAAGAAAAUUCGCCCUCGGGUCGCACCAGUGUGCGCCCCAGGCCAAUGGUAUCGCUUUUCUUUUUUGUUAUCACCACAUGAUUGGACAAUUCAGCGAAUCAAUCAAAUAUGCUAACUCCCUCAACAGCAUUCGCGCAACACAACUAGUAGAGAAGAGAUAGAUCGCUUACUCAGAGAGUUGUAAGUAGGCCUACUUUCCACCAUUUUCAGUGGAGGAAUUGGACUCCACACACAAUAUACAAUAAUUGGCUUUUUCCCGUUACAGCAUUUCAUUCAGUAGCAUAGUAUUAAGGGUUUCCUUCAGUUAGGCCUACAGCAACUGUCAAUAUUAUACGUUUGAAAUGUUUCAUUGGCUAAAGCAACUGACAAUAUGACAACAUUUUGGGUUUCCUUCACUGACAUCAAACCACUCAGUAUGAUAUAUUAUAAAAUACAAGUUCCACCUUCUGCGUCAGUGCCACACCAUCACAAGCAAUCGACCCCGUCCGGACGGAGGUAAAAAGAAAAAAAAACGUUUGGAAGGGGGGCCACUGGAGGGUACGAGCUCAGUUUUAUGGGGGCACUGGCACUGGCACUGGCCCUUGACUUUAGAGCCCUUGAAGUAAACGGGUUCCUCUUGCCCUCAAAUUGGAUGUGGCGUUGUCAGGCAUAGAAGGUCAUAUCUUACCUAUAGUUUUAUCACACCUUUUAUUAUGAACCCGUUGUGCACGAAUAAAGUCAUGGAAAAGAAACUGAUAGAACAUACUGAUGGAAAGCCUGAAACACAGCGGAAGUAGGGGUGAAAACGAAAGUAGAUAUCGCAUCUGAAAUAUUCACGUAGCCUACGUUUCCUGGAAACCAUGGAAGCCACAGCGCUCAUGUUGCCCAGUGUGCGCUGGCUUGAAGAGAAGGUCGCUUCUGAUUCUGAUUCUGAUUCUGAUUCUGACUCCAGUGCUGAGUUUGAUGAAGAUAAUAAGGUUGCCAGUGCUGAGGUUGAUGAAGAGGAGAUGCACGUCAAGUCACAUUGUGAAAAAUGUAAAGCAGCUCAGCAGAGUUCUGAGUAUGAGAAGAUUACCCCAAGCAAGAUUUCUAAGUGGAGCUUCCAGAUACAGCUGAAAGGCAAAGGGACCUAUGAGUGUUCGGCUACAGGUCUGGUGUUUGAAGUGUCGGAGCAGGCUCUGGUCCGCUACUCGGUCCUGUCCUGGUUCCAAUUCUCUGAGUUCCUCCCAGACUCCUGGAGACCUGCCGGAUCGAUUUGGAAUGUGGAUGUGGUCAACAAGGAUCCAUCUGUGCUCCAGUUUAUCCAUUUCCCCCACUCUUUGUGCCUUGCUGAACCUGAGCAUGAGCUGAGCUUCAGUGUUCUGCAUGUAAAGGAUCGCCAUGCCAACAUUGAGUCGACGGUGGACUUCACGGCAAGCCAUGUUAAAUGGCGCGUGUCCUCGCUUUCUCCUGUGGGUCUCAUCAUUCCGAGCAGUCUGCAGGUGAAGCACCACGCGUUGGUGCUGAUUUACAAGGAGCGGAUCAAAUCCAAAAAAAAGAUAUCGAUCUUCCACGUGUUUUUGGCCUCGAACGACGGCUCUGAGAUCCAGGCUAUUGAAGAACAGGUGCUCUCUUCUCAUAAGAUAUUGAUCAAGAUGUACAAAUCAGCCGCCUGUAGGCUGGGAGAGAAGUUCCACUGCCUCACAAGCAAGCCAAAAGGGCAAAUUGAACCCCCGAAACUAGAAUUUGUUAAUAAAUUGUUAGCGUCUAAGGGAUUUUUUGAAGUACGCUUCGGUGAGCGUCCUCCUUUCGAAUUGUUUCUGAAGGACUCUGACUCUGAUGAGCCUUUGUGGUCUGCUACAAUCAGAGAAGAGGAUUGGAAAUUCAAGAAGAAACCAAUUGUAAAACCAAGACGUAGGUUAUUACCUUUCAAGAAGACCCAAGUGGCAAACACCAGACCGGAAGGCGAGCUUCAAAGGAUCCGUUCUGAAUGUGUGCAAAGAGUUUCAAUCUCAGUUAUCAAAGGUCUCCUGGAUGACCUUUGGCAGCAGAAGGUGUUCAGUACUGAGGACAAGGACACUGUGAUGGAGAACCACAAGAUCAGAGCAGACCAAGCACGUUGUCUGAUCGACAUGGUGAUGGGGAAAGGGGAGAGAGCAAGUCAGAUAAUGAUUGAUAGUAUGAAGGAGAGGGAUCCUGAAUUAUGCAUCACAUUGGGCCUGAUCUCUUCUCCUUCAUUGAAGUAAUUUUAAAGAAACUGUCGCUGCCAACUUUUUUUGACAAGACAAGCUGAAAAAGUAAAUGAUGCUGUCAUGUUCAGAAUAGAUCCUCCUUCCUGGCUACUACACGUGUACUAAGCUGUUCCCCUCAGUUACCUCCUAUAUCCAAGUAUAGAUAAGAAUUUUGUUACAUUAUAUUAUAAUAAUGUUAGUAUUGUUGUGAUCAUGGAGUUUGUAAAACAAGUUGACAUUAUGCCAAAGAAAGAAUACAUUUUUGCUUCUCUUGACAUUUUUGAUAAUCCACUGAAUUUUAUGCAGGUUGCAUUUUUUACAUUUUCAUAUCAGGUUUUUUUUUUAUAUUUUAUAUAUUUUUUAUAUGUUAUCAUGGAUAUGACCAAAAUCCAACUUGCAGGGUUCUCACCAUAACAUUAGCCUGACCCAGGAAUGGUCAGACCUCUGUUCGGGGCAAAAUAAAAUGGUCAAACAUAUGCUUUCUUGCUUCAUUUGUUUGACAUAUUUAUAUACACGAUAAUGCAACACAUUUAAUAUCAAUACACUUUAGUAACAAUUGAAUCACUGAAUAAUCAAUGUGCAACAGGUUAAACCAGCCAUCAACACGCGAACUACCACCGCAGGACAGGAGAGCCCCCUUG